GGGAAAAUGCUAGCCGGGAGCUUGCUUGCCGGCUUCUCCGUGCUCAGCCUCCUCACCUACGGCUACCUGGCCUGGGACACGGUGGGGGACCCCGAGAGCGGCAGCAGCCCGACGGCCAAGUGGGAAGGAGGGCCCGAGGCUGACCCCUCCCCUGCCUCCCAGCCUCACCUCAUCUUCAUCCUGGCGGACGACCAGGGGUUCAGGGACGUGGGCUACCAUGGCUCCGAGAUCCGGACGCCCAGCCUGGAUAGGCUCGCCGCGGAAGGAGUUAAAUUGGAGAACUACUAUGUCCAGCCGAUGUGCACGCCGUCCAGGAGUCAGUUCAUCACUGGAAGGUAUCAAAUCCACACAGGUCUUCAACAUUCUGUCAUAAGGCCCACCCAGCCUAACUGUUUACCAUUGGAUAAUGUAACACUACCUCAGAAGCUGAAAGAAGCUGGCUACUCAACCCAUAUGGUUGGCAAAUGGCAUUUGGGCUUUUACCGCAAAGAAUGCAUGCCAACACAACGAGGCUUCGAUACUUUCUUUGGCUCUCUUUUAGGCAGUGGCGAUUAUUACACCCACUACAAGUGUGACAGCCCUCGAAUGUGUGGCUAUGACUUAUAUGAGAAUGACAAUGCAGCUUGGGACCAUGACAAUGGCAUGUACUCAACACAGAUGUACACACAAAAAGUACAACAGAUCUUAGCCUCCCAUAACCCCAGAAAGCCUAUAUUUUUAUACAUUGCAUACCAAGCUGUCCAUUCACCACUUCAAGCUCCAGGCAAGUAUUAUGAACGUUACCGAUCAAUAAACAAUAUAAACCGGCGCAGAUAUGCUGCUAUGCUAGCGUGCUUAGAUGAAGCCAUCAACAAUGUGACCCUUGCAUUAAAGAGGUAUGGUUAUUAUAACAACAGUGUUAUAAUUUACUCUUCAGACAAUGGAGGACAGCCCACAGCUGGUGGAAAUAACUGGCCUCUCAGAGGAAGCAAGGGGACUUACUGGGAAGGAGGGAUUAGAGCCAUUGGCUUUGUGCAUAGCCCUCUACUCAAAUACAAGGGGUGUGUGUGCAAAGAACUUAUUCAUAUUACAGAUUGGUUCCCUACUUUGAUCACAUUAGCAGAAGGACAGAUUGAUGAGAACACCCAGCUAGAUGGCUAUGAUGUGUGGGAGACCAUAAGUGAAGGCAGACGUUCUCCAAGAAUGGAUAUUCUGCACAACAUCGAUCCUAUCUACACCAAAGCCAAAAAUGGUUCAUGGGCAGCUGGCUUUGGGAUAUGGAACACAGCGAUCCAGUCAGCAAUCCGUGUGAACCACUGGAAGCUACUGACUGGGAACCCAGGAUACAGUGACUGGGUCCCUCCUCAGUCAUUUAGUAAUGUUGGCCCCAGUCGCUGGCAUAAUGAACGGGUUUCAUGGACAGCUGGGAAAACUGUGUGGCUUUUCAACAUCACUGCUGACCCAUAUGAGCGAGUAGACCUUUCCAGUAAGUAUCCAGAUGUAGUAAAGCAGCUAUUGCGUAGACUUUCUCAGUUCAACAAGACAGCUGUGCCUGUUCGUUAUCCACCUAAAGAUCCCAGGAGCAACCCCAAUUUUAAUGGAGGGGUUUGGGGCCCAUGGUUUAAGGAGGAUGAGAAGAAGAAGAGGAGGAAGAAACCAAACAGGAACAAAGCAGAAAGUAAACACAGGAAAAAUAAAACCAAGAAGAAACCUAACAGGAGAAAAGGACUUUCCUUAAACUGCCUUGCAGGAGGAUAGUUUCAGCUAUUGGCUUCUGCUGCAAACUUAAUCACAUUUACCUGGAAAGAUUCCUAUGUUUAGGAAUCUUAGGCUUCUAGGUAAAUGUGUGUAGGCUCAGAAUGUUAUUACUCAACUAAAACAGUUAACAAAAUUCAUAAUUUUCAGAUGUGCUAACUCAGCAUUUCUGCAUCAUCACCAUUUUUAGUCUAUCAUUGUGGCAGCAGAAACAUUUCUGUGGUGUAGUUAACAUCUUUCUAGAGGACCUGCUGAACCAUCUUCUCUUCCAUGCAAACAAGGUUUAUUAUCACCAUGUUCCUGAAAAGAUUGUAUGCAAAUACACUUGUUUAUUUUGGUAACCAUGUUAAAAACUGUACUGAUAACUAUUCUCCAACAGUCAGAAGAAGCAAAGACCAAAAAGGGAUAAAAUGUUAAAAUGAGUUUUAUUUGUCAUGUCCUGAUGAAGCAUAGUCAACCAUCAGGCUUCCAUCAUAGCCUGAAUGAGUUGUGAAAAAGCUGCUUCUAAUUAAAUUUUGCCUGGCUUCAAAACUGGAAAGGAUUUUUUUUCCUUCCCAGAAUGUGCCAGGCUACAAUCCCUUCCAAUAAAAACAAGCCACACACACACACACACACAGAGCGGGCGGGCGAGCGAGCAAGCGAGCAAGCGAGCAGUUAGUAUAUGGUUAUAAUUAGUGAAAGAUGUAGACUGAAAUGCUGUGCUGUGUUAUGUGUGCCCAGUUCCAUACAGGAUCCACAUAUAAUUGUGCAAAAAAAAUGGCUUCUAUCAUACCACUUCUCAAGCACUGCUGCUGAAUUCUGUCCAUUUCAGUGGGAAUGGGAGGAACUGAACACCUGUAGUGCCUGAUAAAUUGUAUUCUGCUGUCUAAAUCCAAAAGUGUGCAUGCACUCCAGGAUGUAUAUGAAGUUCCUAGAUGAGUAUUUUCCUCAUUCAUGUCACUAAGACUAUCACAUUCAUUAAGGUGAGUAUGGAAGGCCUGUGAUUAGGGGUUCCAUGUGCACAUCAGAACCCUUCUGGAGACUCCAGUAAAUCCAUAGAUCUCAAUCAUGAAACAUGAAAAGUCUUACUAACUUAACAGAGAGUGUAUUCUUAUCACUGGAUUGUAUUCAGAGACAAUCAGAGAUGGUAUCCAAUGAAUCAUACAUGCAAUCUGCCCCCACUGUUGGUUGUAGCAGACAAGGAUCCAUGGGCAGCUGAUAAUGCUGUGCACUUUCUGGCUAUGAAAGGGGCCAACCAAAGGAAGAAGGAGGGCAUGUGAAGGGGAAGCAGUAGCUGUGGGGCAGACUGCUUAUCUUCCAGCUGCAGGCCCAGAAGAGGCAGCAUCUUGAAAUAUAUACAUGCCAUACUUAGUUUGAGUCACAUAGCUGUAGCUUUUUACUUCUGUGACUUCUAUGUGGAUAGUUUAGUAGUCCAUUGUUUUCCCUAAGAGAAUGUUGUUUCAUGUAGCUAUAUCUGAAAGUACUGUAAAAUCAAAGAUAACUGUAAAAGGGGGGAGUCAGGCUUGUAUUGCUACUUUCAUUGUUUGUCUCGAUAUGUAAAGGAGAUUGUUUGGUUCUGUGCAAUCACUCAGUUUUCUUUAU